ACGUCACGCAAUUAGUACGCCAUUUUGUAAGUGUCCCCCGUAGUUAGUUUUCUGGUUAAAGUGAGAAAUAGAUAUUUCGCAUGGUUCGGUGUACAAUAAAGAGUUAAAGACAUUUUAUUACACUUUUAACGUCUCGUACGUUAAAUAUACAGACCCAAAGUAUGGAGGACAAGGCUUCGUUAAAGGAACUGGAUCAAUGGAUAGAGCAGCUAAAUGAAUGCAAGCAAUUGACAGAAAAUCAAGUAAAAACGUUAUGCGACAAGGCAAAGGAGAUUUUGACCAAGGAGUCCAACGUCCAAGAGGUGAAAUGCCCGGUGACCGUCUGCGGGGAUGUCCACGGCCAGUUCCACGAUCUGAUGGAGCUGUUCCGCAUCGGCGGACGCUCGCCGGACACUAACUACCUGUUCAUGGGCGACUACGUGGACCGUGGUUACUACAGUGUGGAGACAGUCACACUGCUUGUCGCGCUUAAGGUGAGAUAUCGCGAGAGAAUAACAAUCCUGCGCGGCAACCACGAGUCACGUCAGAUCACCCAAGUUUACGGGUUCUACGAUGAGUGCCUCCGUAAAUACGGCAACGCGUCCGUGUGGAAGCACUUCACCGACUUGUUCGACUUUUUGCCGCUGACCGCGCUCGUCGAUGGCCAGAUCUUCUGCCUGCACGGGGGGCUGAGCCCCUCGAUCGAUACCCUUGACCACAUUCGAGCGCUCGACCGCCUGCAGGAAGUGCCCCACGAAGGGCCUAUGUGUGAUCUCCUGUGGAGCGAUCCCGAUGAUAGAGGCGGAUGGGGCAUAUCGCCGCGAGGUGCCGGUUAUACCUUCGGCCAGGACAUCUCGGAGACGUUCAACCACAGCAACGGGCUGACGCUGGUGUCGCGCGCCCACCAGCUCGUCAUGGAGGGCUACAACUGGUGUCACGAUAGGAACGUGGUCACUAUAUUCUCAGCACCCAACUAUUGCUACAGAUGUGGUAAUCAAGCAGCCAUUAUGGAAUUGGAUGACGCGCUUAAGUACUCAUUCCUUCAGUUCGAUCCGGCCCCGCGGCGUGGGGAGCCGCACGUGACACGGCGGACGCCUGAUUACUUCAUGUAGGCUGCACGAAGCGUUGUUUGCAGCGGAGGCGCAUAUCAAGCAGGAGUGGUGGCGGGGCGUACGGGCGAUACGCAUGCGAGGCCAGCGUCGCCGCCUCGCACGCCGCCGGCCGGCCCCCGCCGCGGCCGCCGCGGCCGCCCCGGCCGCCGCCUCCACUGCGCGGGCGCUGCGCCGCGCGCAUCGCGCUCAGCUCGACAGCCUGAUGCGCGUCGCACAGUGGCUCGCCAACGUGUGACCACCGCCGACCGCCGCCACCACCACCAACACCACCAACACCACCACUACCACUAUCGCCACCGCCGCAGCCGCCGCCGCCGCCGCGGCGCGCUCGCCACCGCGACACGUAUUCACCACUCGAUAUUGCAUGGGGCGAGAACGUCCACAGACAAUUUAAAUAGAUGUCGCAGUCUUAUCUAUUGUGCAUGCCAAGUUUUUGGCCUAAGGAAGCUCAGAAGAACACUUAGACUCGGGAUAAAUUACGAUUCUGAGAUCUUACAUGAAAAAAUCAAAUUCUUAACAGAAGACAGUAUUUUUAGAGUUUGCUGUUAAUAAAUUGCUUUGUAAUAUUACAGUAAGUAGAAAGAUAUGAAACACUUAGUAUUAAUUGAUGGUAUUUGCGAUAUCUAUUUCGAUCUGUCUGUGGAAAUAUCUCGGACGACGCAGUAGGUUGUGUAUUCGCGUAGUAGAUUCGGUACGAAGGCCGAUAUGGAAUUAAAUAAUUUUAUCGGAAUUGCAGGUGUGUGGCCCCAUUUACACUACAAAUAUCGCAGGUUUUUUUUAUGCCAUAAAUCUUACGGGAUAAGUAGCGCAUGCAUGUAUUUAUUACAGAGCGAUUUACACGUCUUUUGUACUGGAACAAACCUAAAUAUUUAAACUACGUGUGGAUGGCUGUAUAAUCAAAGUAUAUGCCACUAUUUAUUCCUUAAGAUUUUUAAGAAAAAUGUGCAAGUUUUCCAAAAACCUAUUGUCUACUGUACUGUAAACGGGGCCUAAGGGGCGGGUUGUUUACAUAAUGUAGAAAAGUGUAAACCGUGUUUGAAGAUGAACGUCACGACUGGACGUCGGAGUGGAGACGGAGGCGGGGCGGCGGCGACGUCGCAAAGUUAGGUUCUUGCCCGAUCACAGCAUCGCCCCGCGCUUGUUAUGCUGGUAUGUUCAUUGUGAGCGGACGAACGACGCUGACAUAUAUAUAUGUAUACAAUACACCACUCCUCAAAGACAAUUUAGACCUCAUUAAAGUGGGUAAUUUGCUAA